AUGAUUCAAUUGAAAGAAAACAUGUCCAAUCCUCUUCCAUCCCAACUAGAGGACCAAUUCUACCAUGUGGAUGCAAGCGAUCGUAUCGUUGGGGGCUCGGUGGCAACUGAGGGUAGCGUGCCUUAUAUGGCUGCCUUGAGAGUUGGAUUCCUCACCAAGUGGUUAAUUUGUGGUGGAUCUAUAAUCACCGACCGGCAUGUAUUAACAGCGGCGCACUGCAUUGACGCCGUUCAUAGUGAUCGUACCUUUAGAUCCCUUCGCGUCGUUGUUGGUACAAAUCGAUGGUACUAUGGCGGACAAACGCACACAGUAGCUAAAAUGAUAACACACGAGAAUUGGAACUCUUCAACCGUCAAGAACGAUAUCGGUUUUGCAGGUGGAACACUAUCAAGUGUUCUGUUGGAGCUGAUCGUUUACACGGUGGACGGAAGUACUUGCUCGCGAGCUAUCGACGAACAUUGUGAUCUUUCAGGACAGAAUAUCAAAUACGAGCCGGAAAUUGAACUGUGUGCCUACAAUACUGAUGGAAGGGGCGGUGAUUCGGGCGGCGCUCUCGUGCUGGCCGGCGGGGAGCAGGUGGGGCUGCUGUCGUGGGGCUGCGCGUGCGGCGGCGCGCCCGCCGUGUUCGCGCGGCUCGGCGCUUACAGGGAGUGGGUGCGGGGGGUGUUAGUCAAUGAAUAA